UCUGGGUCUAGGAGAUAUCAGUCUAGUACUACAGAACCAACCGUUCACAACCAACUCACACAACAUGUUCAAAUACUUCGCUCUGUGCCUGUUCGCCAUUGUGGCCUGCGUGUCUGCCAAGCCUGCCGUCCUGGCCACGCCCCUCGCCUACAGCGCCUACUCCGCCCCUCUGGUCGCCGCCUCCCCCUACUCCGCUGCCUACACCGCCGCCUACACCGCUCCUGUGGCCGCUGCCUACUCCGCCUACUCGUACCCCUACGCCUCUGCCUACUCCGCCUACCCCUACGCCGCCUACUACCGUUAAUAAAGGACCGAGUACCCGAAAUUUCUGACUGCCGAAUCGUA